AUAAAAAAAAAAUAAAAAAAAAAAAAAAAACUUAAAAUAAUAAAUAAUAAAUGAAAGCUUUAAUCCUUGAAUAAUUCUCUACUUAAUUAAAAUUAAAACAAGUCGAAAUUCCUGAACCUAAAAACCCAGACUAAUUAUUAGUAAAAGUAGAAGCAGCUCCCAUAAACCCUUCCGAUUUAUCAUUUACUAAUGGAUUCUAUUAAACAAACCGUAAACUCCCAUGCGUUCCUGGUUUCGAAGGUUCUGGUUUAGUAGUAAAAACAGGCAGUAGUGACUAUGCUAAAUCUUUGUUAAAUAAAAGAGUAGCUUUUGUAAGUUAAGACCAUGGUUCUUACGCUUAAUACACUCUAACUGACAUUACAUCAGUUGUUCCUUUAAAUGACGAUGUUUCAUAUACUUAAGGCUGCAGUAGUUUCAUAAACCCAAUGACUGUAGUAUGUAUGUUAGAAACUGUGAAACAAAAAGAAGUAAAAACAGUAAUCCAUUCUGCCGCAGCAUCCUCUUUAGGAAAAAUGAUGGUAAGAUACUUCAAACAAAACGGAGUAAACGUAAUAAACAUAGUAAGAAAAGAAGAACAAGUCUAAACACUAAAAAAAGAAGGUGCUUAGUAUAUCCUAAAUAGCACAAAAGAAGACUUCGAAAAAAACCUUAAAGAACUUGCUGAAUAAUUGAACGCAACAAUGUUCUUUGAUGCCGUAGGAGGUGAAUUAACAAACUAAGUUCUAUAAAAUAUGCCCUAAAAAUCAACUGUUUACGUAUAUGGAGCUCUUUCAGGCUAAUAGGUCACUGUUUCUCCUCUUAGUCUUAUUUUUAAAGGUUAAACUGUGACUGGAUAUUGGCUUACUAAUUAAAUCAAAGAUAUGGAUUAAUAAAAAAUAAUUUAGUUAUUAGGAACCGUUAAAUAGUUAAUUAAAACUGAUUUAAAAACUGAUGUUAAUAAAGAAGUACCUUUGGAAUAUGGAAGCGAUGCUUUAACUGAAUAUCAUAAAAAUAUGAGUGCAGGAAAAAUUAUUUAUAGACCAUGGAUAUGAUAUAUAAUAUAUAAAUAUAUAUUUUUAUAGAAUAAUAUAUAAAAAUAUUAAUACAUAUUAUUAAAAAUGUAUUUAUAGUUUAUUUAAUUAUAAGUACUUUAUUUCUUUUAAUUAAAAAUUAAUAUUUUUAUAUGU